AUGAGUUCAGCUUCGUCGGGUCGUGAGCCGUCCAACUCUGUUGGAACCCCUGACGUCUCCUCUGAGACGCCGAGAACUCGACCAAUAGCCUGCGUACGAUGCUGGAAACGAAAACAAAAGGUUUCCUCGAGCCCUUCAAGCCCUUUCGAGGGUACGGACUUUGGUGCUUCUCGCCCCGCACCCUAUCACAACUUCCCGCCCAUCGAUUGCUCCCUGCUGAUCGUUGACAGUUACGUCGAGUCCUUGAAAAAGCGCGUCGCCGAACUCAAGCACAAUGUCCAAUCCUCUUCGAGGAAACGAGCCCGCACAGAAAACCACAGGGCCGAGUCGUCGGCAGAUGGACCUUUACUCGCGGAACCGGUCAGCACCCGUGCCCAGGACGCCGUCUCUGUGGUCUCGAGCCACGCCUCUGCCCGGACCGCCACCAGACGGGGCCACGAAGACUCAUCUGUGAGGGCCACUAUGGGCGCCAUCGGCUUCUUGUCACGCAGUGCCAUGGCCGAACCGCGUGGCCAGUCGGACGAAUUGCCUCGGAAGUUUUCUCUCGGUGAGAUCAUCUCCGGGGCACUGGCCAUCGAUGGACGCGAUCCAUCAAAGGCUUCUCCUGCGCCAAAGACACCCACUAUAGAUGGUCACCUAUUGCCGCUCACUCACGAUGCAACCAGUAGCCACUUGCGGCGUUUCUUGGACAGCAUUGUAUUUCUGCCCUAUCUCGAUGAGGCAAGCCUUCUCGAACAGUACGACAUUGUUGUCGCCAAUAACGACCGACCUGACCGUGGUGGGCGCAUCAACCCUCUUCACUUCUUUAACGUUCAUAUGGCUUUGGCUAUUGGUAUUCUGAUGUCCCCCGAUUCCGCCCAUCUGUCGAUGCUCAGCUCUGGGUAUCACGCUGUUGCCGCCAAUCAGGUGCACUCCAUUUUGCGCUCCGAGGUGUCCCUCGAGCAUGUCCACUGCAUGGUCAUGCUUUUACUGUACUCGCUCUUGAGCUCCACGGGAGGCUCGGCUUGGCAUCUUCUUGGCCUCACAGUGAAGACGUGCAUCUCACUUGGUCUGCAUCGAGAACCUGAUGCCCAUGCCGACUUGACCAUGGCUGAGGCGAACAAACGAAGAUGGCUGUUUUGGACUGUGUACUCGCUCGACCGCUCUUUAAGCAUAGCUAUGGACCGUCCUUUCAGCAUCCAAGACGACGACAUUUCAGUCCAGGUACCCCCAGAGGAAGAGGAUGCAGCAGUUCCCGUUCAGCACAUCUCAAGAAAACUUCAUCUGAGCCGAUAUUCUCCAGCAGCUGUCUUGUCGGGCCUUGGUCCGGCUGGUCUCGCCGAUACACCAGGCAGAAGGGGGCAGAGAUAUAUUGCUCUGGAACGCCCAUGA